CGACAAGACCAACCGCUGAUAGCAGAGACCGACAGCCCACUACUAGACCGAGAAGGGACGACAAAUGCUUCCAAUGUAGGGAGUAUGGACAUAUCACCAGAUAUUGCAAUAAAAGAUCAGUGAAUAACCAAGAACACCUAAGACGACCAAGGAGUAUUAAACAUUAUGAAUUAGAAGGAGAUGACGACUACGAAAUCGAAGAAUAUGACGAGAUGUAUAAUACCAACGUAACCCAAAAAGUAGGAAGACCACCCAAGAGAAGAAUAGAACACUCAAACGAUGGUGAACAAAGAGCCAGAAGAAAACCAAACAGGGUACCACCAACAGAAAUAGAGAUCCAUGAAGACAAACCGAUAGACUUAGACUUGGAAAAAAUUCCUAAGCCGCGCAGAAAAAGAGAACUGUCCUCCCUCUUGGAACCCGAGAGCGAUCAGGAAAGCACAGAGACUGACUUAUUUAAUGAAUUCGAAUACAAGGAAGAAAAAAUAGACGAAAGAGAUGGUUACUAUACUGACGACAUGCUUUUGGACAAAGAACUAUAUGAGAACCCUUGGGAAGAAAUGAAAAGUCCAGCAAUAUAUCUUACUAACGUGGAGGAGGUCCCUACGCUAGAAGAGGAAAAAGAACCUGAAUUAACCAUGAAGGAACGAAUCGAAAGUCUAAUAGAGAAAAAUACCGAGCUCGGAAAAGAGGACAAGGGCGACGUACGGGAGCUAUUAAAGAAUGAAUAA